AUUUCCUAGAAUACUUUGUGUCAGUGUCUAGAAACAUUAACUACUUGAUCAGACUUAUAGGUCCCUGUCACGCCCUUAGAGUGGGGUUCAAGUGAUAACUAAUAUCUUGUGUCAGCUCAAGGUGUACAGCCGUAUCUGCUCCCAUGAUGGGGAAAUAGAGACAGCAGCGAUUCCUAUAUCUUAGGCGAAAGGCACAGUCCUAAAUUCUCACUACUCCCCUCCCGUCUAUUAGUAUAUUUAUCGAGCUUUACGAUAUAUCAAACCUGUCUCGCCAAUUCGAAUAUGUCACAGUGGACGUCUUCACGAAAGAGAAAUAUGUAGGAAAUCCACUGGCUAUUAUCGAAUUGCCCCCGGACGCAGCCAUUUCACAAGCCGAGAAGCUGCUAAUUGCUCGGGAGUUCAACUUCUCGGAAACCGUCUUUCUGCACCUUAAUGCGGGCGGGACCGCUGCCGAAUGGAAUUUCGACAUCUUCAUGGUCGGCGCGGAGCUUCCUUUUGCGGGACAUCCGACCAUCGGGACGCUUUGGUAUUGCGCCAAUCAUUAUUUACCAAAAGAGGUGCUUCGACAAGAGACGGGAGAUAGAUGGAUUCCGAUCACUUUGAAUGCAAAGGCCGGAAAGAUCGAAGCUGGGUAUAACCCCCGUACCGGCUUCGCGAAGGCGUCUAUUCCACAAGAUGUCCAUAUCCACACGGAGACGCUCACGCAGACGAGUCUCCUAAGCUCGCAACCGGCGCUUCGGCAGUUCGCCGGCCAGAUUCAGGAGAGGCUGCCCUUAGUUUCGAUCGUCAAAGGCAUGACCUUCGCACUUAUUGAGCUUCCAUCCGUCGAAACCCUGGGGUCAGUUCACUUGCCUCAGGCUCACCCUGACGUCGCCCUUGACGAAGGCUGGAUGCCCUCGUUCGUCGGGACCUUUUACUUCUGUCGGAUACGCAAUGCCAGCGCACCGCGCCACACCGAGAAACUUCGGGUGCGAAUGCUCCAAGAAAAUAUCGAGGAUCCAGCCACGGGGAGCGGGUCGGCCGCACUGGGCUCGUACCUUGCGCUGCAGCGGAAAGAGGCUGGGGAGUUUCGAUUCGAAAUUACGCAGGGAAUCGAGAGGGGGCAAAAGAGUGAGAUCGUGGUGACGGUCACGGUGAUUGAGGAAGGGAAAGUGGACAAGGUGGUGUUGGAAGGGACGGCAGUACAGGUGAUGAAAGGGAAGCUUGAAGUAUGACCUGAGACGGAUGACAUUUGGUCUGGAGUUACGAAUAGGGAGAAGAGGAGAUAGUGGUCGUAGUCACAGACUGCUUGGUCUAAGAUACCUGACACGGUCUGGAUGC